GCAAAGCAAGAGAGACCCGGCACAUCAGAAAUGGAGCUUUCUGUGCUCUAUUUGAACAGCAGCCUCCAGAAUGAUUACGCAAACAACAGUAAUGUCACCAACCACACCGCUAUCACCUACUACCCCUACUACCAGCACUCUCUAGCUGUGGCAGCCGCCCUGACCGUGGCCUACCUCUUCAUCUUCCUGCUGUGCAUGGUGGGAAACGGCUUGGUGUGUCUGAUUGUGCUGGAGAACCGGCGGAUGAGAACAGUCACCAACCUCUUCAUCCUCAACCUGGCUGUGAGCGACCUUCUGGUGGGCGUCUUCUGUAUCCCCACAACCCUGGUGGACAACCUCAUUACAGGUUGGCCGUUCACAAACACAGUGUGUAAGAUGAGUGGUCUGGUGCAGGGCAUGUCCGUCUCUGCCUCGGUGUUCACGCUGGUGGCCAUCGCAGUGGACAGGUUCCGUUGCAUUGUGUACCCCUUCCAGCCCAAACUCACCCUGCCGGUGGCCAAAGUGACCAUCGUGAUGAUCUGGGGGCUUGCGGUGGUGAUUAUGUGUCCGUCGGCGGUGACGUUAACCGUGAAGAGAGUGGAGCAUCACUACAUGGUCCACGAUGAAGACUACAACCACACAUACCCGCUGUUCUCCUGCUUCGAGAACUGGGCCAGCCCACAGAUGAGGAAAGUCUACACCACCGUCCUGUUUGCACACAUUUAUCUCAUUCCCCUGACCCUGAUCACGCUCAUGUACGGACGCAUCGGGAUCAAACUCUACACCACGUCUGUGAUCUCUGGGAACGAUCAUCAGGACAGCGCACAGUCUCACGGAGCCCCGCAGGAAGGAAGGCCGCUCAUUUCCCAAAAGAAGAUCAAAGUGAUUAAGAUGUUGAGUGUGGUGGCGCUUUUAUUCACGCUUUCCUGGCUGCCUCUCUGGACGCUGAUGCUCCUCACCGAUUACGGGGGUCUACAAGAAGACGAGCUGGAUCUUCUGAGCAGCUAUGUCUUCCCAUUCGCUCACUGGCUGGCGUUUUCCAACUCGAGCGUCAACCCUAUUAUCUACGGCUACUACAAUGAGAACUUUAAGAGGGGAUUUCAGUCGGUGUGUAGAACGCAUUCGUGCUGCUUUGACGGGGUGAAGGCGAGGAGCAGACCGCGACGGAAAUCCAGAGGAGAUGUGAGGGACCCUGUGGUCAAUUCCAACCCCUUGGCUUUUGGUGGAAGGAACCGGGUUUACACCGACGGCGAUGGGAAGGACUCCAGGACUUGUCUGGAGUUGGAGCACAGGAGAACCGCUCGGCUUUGUGAUAACUCGGUCUGCUCAAACGAAACAGGAUCCAGCGCAGGAUCCGGGAUAAAAGGGGUGACGAACCAAAAAGGGUUUCAGAUGGAGGAGGCAGAGAAAAUAAGUCCUGUCAGGGUGGGUAAAAACCAAGCUUGGGACCAGUAGAUGGAUUAUUCAUGCCAAGAAAUGAUUCCACAGACCGUUAAAUGAAUCAACUGGACGAUUCGAUCAAGUUUGUCAUAUAAAGGUGCUUCACGAUGCCAAAGAAGAACCCUGUUGUCUAAAUGGUUUCAUAAAGAACCUUUGAAAUCUGAAGAACCUUUCUGUUUCACAAAAGCUGCUUUGUGGAGGUUCUUCAGACUAUAAAAAGGUCAGAAAGAGAUGGU